GCGGGGAAAUCUAGCGGACUCGCUGCUCAUUGGUCGGAAGUAAUGUGGUGGGUGGAACCGCUCGCGAGCUGGGGACGGCUUCUGAAAAGGCGCGCGCUGCGCAAGGACUGGUCGCGCGAACCUGUACAGCUGCCAGCUCAGUGAGGGUGAAACAGUGAUAGACGACCUGAAAAGUUUAAUAACGUGAUUUUAAUACGUUAAAUAAAAUGUAGUAGCAAGGCAUUAUUGAAAAUAACUUAUUAAGGCUAUUUUUUUUGUGUCCGCAUUUUAUACAGAACAAUUUCAAUACGUUUAAAAAUCAAUUAAAAUAGGCGCUGUGUCGGAAGAUGGAGUUGUCAAAAUAGCUAAUGUUGCUAACGGUUUUGGCGUUUGUUUUUUUUACUCUCAAAGUGUUUAUUUUCCGCAUUUGGUCAACACUCAUUAUGGCACCGAAAACCACAUUGUGGGCUGUUUUUGUUUUUUCUUUGGCUAAAUGCGUCAGUUCAAGUCCAACUGUCAUUUUGCCGACUGAGUGGCCGGAAGUGGAGCUGGGUUCCGGGAUGCUGCAGACAGAAGGCAUCAAUCUUCUAGAUCAACUAUGGCAGGUGGCCAACAGCAAUAAUGCCUCUGUAGUGCUGGAAAAUCAGAGAUGUCCAGUUCUGCAUGUAGGACAGUACUCCACUCUCUCCCUACCCUUAGGCCAAGUGUUUGGCCACAGAUUUAACGAUGAGUUCAGCCUGCUGCUCCAGCUACGCAGUUCUCAGCAUGAAGACCGUAGCCUCUUUACGCUCAUCUGCCCAGACGGUCACAUCCUCCUCCAGAUCCGCAUCAGCGCCCAGUCCUUCACCUUUAUUAGCACACAGCAGCGCCAUUACGAGUUUCCCGUGGCUGUGUUGUCUGAUGGGAAUUGGCAUCGGGUGGCAGUGAGUGUGUCGACAGGCCGGUUAGCACUUUAUGUGGACUGCGCCAUGGUGGAAAGUGUUGACUGGGCCUACAAGGAGGGUCUGGGAAUCAGCACUGAUGGGCUUAUCAUAGUGGGAGGAAUCAUUGAGGGCUUUGAAAUACCAUUUGAGGGCGAUCUGAAACAGGUGGCAUUCCUGAUGGGGGAUCCUGAUGCAGCCAGAGAUCAGUGUGACGUGUAUUUAUCACGAUGUGAUGGAGCUGCUCAGAAACCCCAACACUUCCUACCCACUCAAGUUCCAGAAGAGCUUUUGCUGUCCUCAAACAACUUGGAGGAUUUACUGGAGAGUUCUGACCAAGAGGACAAGGACAUGAGAGUCAUGGCAAUGAGUGGUGUGAGAAGUCGUGGCCCCACCCGUGGAGAUGGCACACUCCCUACAGGCUCAAAGCGACCCGGCUCCAUUAGCCGCGGAGACGUCUUUGAGGUGGAUGAGUACACUGACCUGAUCGAUCCCAACACCCUGUCUAAAAAUGGUGGCUUACCCCAUAAGAUCCACCCACCCUUUGCUAAAGGCAGCAAGGAGGCCAAGCCAGACUCUACAUCUAAACUUCUAGAUGAGAACAUCACCACUGAGAAAAGCAGUCCUGACAAAGUGUUUCCUAAAAAGCCUGUGGAUAACACCAUUAUUGAUCUGGAUGUUCCUCCCAUUUUGAAAAAACCUCCUGCUGGAGAAAACUCAAGCCGCGAGGACCCUGACUCCAACCUGCUGAAGGAAGGAGAGGAGAGAGGGACAUCAACCCAUGUUCCACCUAGCUCGUCCACUGACAGAACAAAUGAAACUCACAAGAUUGUCCCAAAUGUGGUUCUCACAAGUAGGACGGGGGGCCUGGUGCGAGGCUCCGAUGGGAAGAUGUAUCGCUUUCAUCGAGGGCCUCCAGGGCCGAUGGGGCCCCCUGGGGAACCCGGUUGUCCUGGCAGUGUGGGCUAUCCAGGGUUCAAAGGUGAAAAGGGAAGAGUCGGACCAGAGGGUCGUCCUGGUCGGGUCGGAAACUCAGGGCCACCAGGACCACCAGGCCCACCCACUUUAUAUCUGUGGAGGAACACAGCAGAGGAGUGGGCUUACUUUCAGCAAACAUCAUUCUUCCAGCUGUUGUAUGCAGGUUGGCCUAGAGAACUGGGUUUACGUGGGCCACAGGGAGAAUUGGGAAAACCAGGCCCACAGGGACCACCGGGUGAUCCUGGAGAAAGAGGACCGUCAGGGCGUGUGGGAGAUAUGGGUGAUCCUGGCCUGCCAGGUGUACCAGGCUUACCAGGGAUUCCUGGGAAAGAUGGAGAAAAUGGCCUGAAAGGACAACAGGGGGCUCCUGGAAUACCUGGCCCAAAGGGCCCUCUUGGCUAUAAAGGAGAAUUUGGCUCACCUGGUGAAAAAGGAGAUGAGGGACUUAUUGGAGCAGAGGGUCCAAGUGGAGAUGUAGGGGAACCUGGAGAGAAAGGAUAUAAAGGACUGCCUGGGCCGCCUGGUCCUACUGGCCCUCAAGGGCCACAUGGGAUUAGAGGGAUCGAGGGCCUUGAGGGCCCUCCAGGGACAGAUGGGGAUGAUGGCUUCGAUGGCCCACCAGGUCCGCAAGGUCCACCAGGCCCUCCAGGCAUCACAGGAUUUAUAGGUGCUCAGGGCGUAAAUGGCUCACGGGGGGAGCCUGGGCCUGCAGGAAGCACUGGCCCCCCAGGGCUCCAGGGUGCUCAAGGAUUGGAUGGACAGAUUGGGCCUCCAGGGCCACGAGGCCCACAGGGUCAACCCGGCAGAGAAGGCAUACCUGGCCCGAAAGGAGAUCCUGGACCGGUUGGGCCCACAGGACUUCGGGGAGAGCCAGGAUUUGAGGGCCCUGUGGGUGCAUUAGGAACGCCCGGUCCAAAAGGAUUUAUAGGUGUUAGAGGUAAGAGGGGGCCUGAGGGAGACAAGGGUGAAGCCGGACCAAAAGGUGACAAAGGGAGUAAAGGAGACCCAGGGAUACAGGGUUCUCAGGGCGAACAGGGACCAACUGGUUUUCCAGGUUUUCCAGGGGUCAAAGGUCAGCCAGGUCCGAGAGGGAUACAGGGAGAAGAUGGAGAUGUCGGUCCGCAAGGCAAAUCAGGAAAGGAGGGGCUGAAGGGCAACAAGGGACAGGAGGGUCAUCAAGGAAAGCCAGGACCAAGGGGACCAAUGGGUCGUACAGGACAAAGAGGUCACGCUGGAAUGCCUGGAUCUCUGGGAUUUCCAGGUCCUCAAGGAGGAAUCGGGGCUGAAGGAAAGCCUGGUACACAGGGACUUCAAGGCGCUACUGGUAACCCAGGGGAAAAAGGACUAACGGGCUUCCAUGGCAUCGCUGGGGAGCCUGGUAUGGAUGGACCAACAGGACAUCCUGGUCCACCUGGACGAGAAGGACCCAUGGGCAGUCCAGGUCCGCCAGGAGAGAAGGGUUUCUCUGGAAAGCCAGGAAGAGUGGGACCUCAGGGUCCUGUUGGCAUGUAUGGUUUCCCAGGAAGCACAGGCACACGAGGAAGACCAGGACACGUGGGAGAACAGGGAGAACCUGGAGUGAAAGGACCCCCAGGACCCAGUGGAAAGCCUGGACCUUCAGGACCAACUGGCCCAGCUGGGGAGAGAGGACCUCCAGGACUACAAGGAAGACAGGGCGAUCCUGGACCUCAAGGAAUAGAUGGAGCACGUGGUCCUCCAGGGCUGAAGGGAGCUGAUGGGAUGAUGGGAAGACCAGGGCCUGAUGGCAGUAAAGGAGUUCCAGGAGAUCCAGGCCCAAGAGGGCCUCCAGGUAUCCCAGGAUCUCAAGGUGAAAAUGGGUUGCCUGGACCAGCUGGGGAGAGAGGGGAGAAGGGAAUAUUGGGUCCGCUUGGUGAAAUGGGGCCUUCUGGACUUGAAGGUGAACAGGGUCCACCAGGCCUAGGCGGACCAGAGGGGCCACUGGGGAGAAAAGGGGAUCAGGGAGAACGAGGCCUCUGUGGCAACAUUGGUCCUCAGGGACAGAAAGGAGACAGUGGUCCACAGGGUACAAAAGGUCUGCAGGGUCCACCUGGACCACUGGGUAAAGAGGGAGAUGUUGGGAAACCUGGAGAUCCUGGUGACCCUGGGUCUAAAGGGGAAAAGGGUGAAAGAGGCCCACAGGGGAUUACUGGUUUAGAAGGGCCCUGGGGAGCUGUAGGGGAAAGAGGAGAGAGGGGACCAAAAGGGGCCAAGGGCAACAUUGGCCUUCUGGGUGAGCCAGGUCUUAUGGGUGGAGUUGGAUUUGCUGGGUUGAAAGGACUCCCUGGUGAAGUGGGACCACCAGGGCCAGUAGGGGCAAAUGGUCCACCAGGGGAAAAGGGGGAGAUGGGGCCAUCUGGCUUGCCUGGUAUGCCCGGAAAUACCGGGCCUCCGGGAAUAGUGGGUGUGGCAGGAGUGAGAGGAGAGACUGGAAAACCCGGACCACAGGGUACUGAAGGGCCUGUAGGUCCUAAAGGAGACGUCGGCCCAAAAGGCUAUGCAGGGCCGGAUGGAGAGAAAGGAGAUCCAGGGAACCUAGGAGAACCAGGAGAGCAGGGAUCAGAGGGCCCUCCUGGUAUUCAAGGACCCCCUGCAUUGCCUGGUCUAGAGGGGCCCUCAGGAGAGUCUGGACUUCAGGGACCAUCAGGUCCACCAGGAGCCCAGGGAAGAAUGGGUCAGCCAGGGCCAGAGGGAAGACAAGGCAUGAAAGGAGACAAGGGAGAUGAUGGCAUUAAUGGACCACCAGGAAUGAUGGGUCUCAUCGGUAGGAAGGGGAAAAGAGGCAAAGCUGGUUUAAGGGGCACAAGAGGACCAAGAGGAGAAAAGGGAGAGAAAGGAGAGAUGGGUGAGAAAGGACUCCCAGGAUGGGAGGGGUCUAUGGGUAUUGUAGGCCAGCGAGGAGAGAAUGGUGAAGAAGGUGCAAAAGGAGAAGAGGGAGAGAAGGGUGAUCAAGGGUCACCUGGUCCACCGGGAAAAGAUGGCUUAAGGGGAAUCCAGGGUCCUUCGGGCCCACCUGGACUACCAGGACCAAAGGGGGAUCAGGGAAGUAUCGGUCCAUCUGGCCCAAGAGGGACACCUGGCAUACCAGGAAUACCUGGAUUGUUUGGAGCAAAGGGCUUGAAGGGUUUUCAGGGAGCUUCUGGGCCAGCUGGAAAGAGGGGCCUUCCAGGACCACCUGGACCCCCAGGACCUCCAGGCCUCUCUAUGAACUUGACUAUGACCCAAAUUAAAGAUCUGAUGUAUGUCUCAGACAAGCCCAACUACUCACUCAUCCAGGUGCUCUUGGAUUCUCUGUACCGUGACGUGAGGUUGUUGCUCGAUCCACCUGAUGGCAGUAAAGAGCGUCCAGCUUCCACCUGCCUGGAACUGUGGCUGUGCCACCCCAACUACACCAGUGGGUUCUAUUAUAUCGACCCGAAUCAGGGCAGCCCUGCAGAUGCUCUUUUGGCUUACUGCAACUUUUCUGAGCCACGGGCAGAGACGUGUCUUCACCCCAAAACUGCACAGCUGCCCAUGAGAGCAUGGUUGAAUGACUCUGUAGCAGACAAUGCUUUCUACUGGCUCAGUUCCCUUGAGAGCGGUUUUACGUUUGAAUACACAGGGCUCACAGUGAUCCAGGCCCGUUUUCUGAGACUUCAGACCAACCUGGCAGAGCAGAGAGUGACCUACACCUGCUCUCCCGGACACAGACUGGGACAGACACAGCGACACGCACGCUUUCUCACCAGUUCAAUACGGCAGAGCUACCAGGGGGCAGUUCAGGAUUGUGUGCCUGCCAAGGAAGUGGAUCCUGGGCCACGAGAGUCUGUGCUUCAGUUUGUGGAUAAAGACCUGCUGCCUCUGCGGGACGUCGCAGUGUUUUCCAGCAGCAGCCUUUCACAUGAGUUUGGCUUCACUCUGGGGCCGGUGUGUUUCAGCUAGAGCGUGAACGAGAGAGAUUGCUUUAACGGGUAUAAGCUCACACACAAACGGCAGCAGAAGAAGAAAGAGGUACUGUACUACAUGAGGAUGAAAGGAAGACCUGUGGGUUGUACCUCAUGUCCUUUACAAUCCUCAUUACACGUUAAUGACACUUUAAGAGCUCACAUUUUUACUGGUGCACUUCAACAAACGACCCAUCGUUUUUUGUUUACACACAUUCGCGUUUUGUAAAUUAUACAUAUAUUUUUGGACUGUGUUUUGGUUUUUUUGGGGGUUUUUUUAAUUAUUUUUUUUAAAUUGCAUUUCAGUAAUGUGGGAAGUCAAGCGCAUGACAGAGUGUUCAUGUAACCACUAUGUGGCUGCACGGUGUUUAACUGAAGAACCAGGAAAUGUUUCCAAAUGAUAUAUACACUUAUGAUUCAUCUGGAUUAGUAUCAUUAUAUAUAAUCUUUUUUUUUCAAGCUUUCCUAUUUGAAAUAGAAGCUUUUAUAGUAAAACAAUGUGUUUGGAAGAGAACGCAGCUUUGACUUGAUUUGAACUGUCUAUAAGACACAUGAAACAGUUUGAAAUGAUUCCCCUUUAUAGUGCUUAACAUUAUGUCUUAUGGUUUUAGAGCUAAUUGUGGUUUUUGCAGCUCAGUGUUAACCUUAUCGCUGUCAAAUCGUCAUGUUUGAAUAGGUUUUCAUUUCUCAGGUGCUAACAUGUAAUAUAACAGGGAAAUGGAAUGCCAUGGUUCAUGCUAUGUUUGUUACAGAUACAUAACAUGGCGUAAAGGAUAAAGCAUGACACGGUGUGGAAAAUAAUCAACAAUUGGGGGGGGGAAGGGCACAUAAUGAAGUGUUUUACUCCUCUUAUACCACAGCACUUUGCCAAUGCUAAAAAUAUUUAUUUAUUAAAGAAUGACACACCAUAAUUUUUAUUGAUUAUAUACACUACCGGUCAAAAGUUUGGAGACGUUCAACUGAAAUGUUUCUCAUGAUCUUAAAAACCUUUUGAUCUGAAGGUGUAUGAUUAAAUGUUCGAAAUCGACAAAAAUAGGAUUGUGCCGACAUAUUCAUUUCAUUCAUUCGAAAACUAGUGUUUUAUUAUUACAAAAAAAUCAUUUUUAAACGGAUGACUCUGGGCGAAAUAUUCCGAAAAGCAGCCAAUAAGAGUCCAGUGUCGGUGUGAACUCCUUUAAUACUGUUUAAAAAGCAUCUCAGGGGGAAUCCUCAAGACUCUGGACAUUCUAGGCAAAAAGCGUGCCUACUUUGAAGAUGCUAAAAUAUUAAAUUAUUUUGAUUUAUUAUUAUUUAUUUUUUAAUCACAACAUAAUUCCCAGAGUUCCAUUUGCGUUACUCCAGAGUUUUAUUAUUAUUCCAAAAUGUGCGUGUUUAUAUGAACGUAAAUAAAUAAAUAAUGAGUGCGCCUAAACUUUUGAUCGGUAGUGUAGUUGCAUUUAUGUUUUGGUAUGUCCACAGCGCGAGUUAGUUCCUGUUAUUACUUACAUUGUAGCAGCUAUAAACAGUCGUUCCCUGUUUGAGAUGUUACUAUAGAAACAAUAGCGUACAGCCGGAACUAUUAUCUGAGCCUUGCUGUUAUAGGAAGAUCGUGUACACCUUCUAAUUAAUCUGAAAUUCUGCGGGAUAAAGAGAAUGAAUCAACACCUUCUGACCAAACCGAAUCAAGCAUUCAGUAGUGCUGUGGUAUAAUACAAUUUAACACACGACUAAAUAUUUUAUUGUACUGUAACACAGAUAAAAGAAAGAAAGACUCGCUCAUGAUUUGUGUUUUGGUCUUUCGUGAAAAAAAAAAAAUCUGUCUUUACUGAAAACAACAGAAAUUCUGGCACUUCAUUCAUUCUUUUACAGUUUUAGAUAACAUAAAUCUCUUGGUUAGUAAAUAUCUAUAUCAGCAGUAAUAUGUAGGCCUCAGGUAGCACGUGGCAAGGCAUGUUUCUGAAAAUAUGGUUGUGUGCUUUCUUUAUUUGAGAGAUUUCUUUAGCGUCAUUGGAGAACUCAUUAUAAUCUCCAGGAGAGUCACACUUACCAAAAAAGCAAUGUCACCAUACAUACACUUGCAUACUAUAAUCAUUAUAACUUAUUUGGCUGAAUUAAACAAAGAUGCCUCGGACACUUUUUUUUUUUUUUUUUGGUAAUAAAUAUUUUCUUUGUAAUAAGUGGUGACAUUUUAAGUCAUAUGCUGGUCAUCUGCUCUCAAUAUGAUUCUGGAAGAACAACUGACAUGUAUUCCUUUGUAAUUUCUUUUCGGUUGUUUUUGUAUGUUUUGUGUAACUGAAAUUGACACUGAUGUUUAUAUAA